GAUUGAGACUGUCAAAAUAUGGACGAAAUUGAGAAAGAAAGAAUAGCCGCGUUACCUUCACAAAUACUUGUUACAACAAUAUGCCAUCCCAUGGAAUACGCAAAAGUUUUAAUCCAGCUUGGGUACGAGCCUUUGGCUCCGCGCCGGUCCACGACCCUGUUUGGCCGCCCAGCCAUGAUAUUACCUAACGUUUUCCAGUAUAUAAAGUACAUAAAGGCUUCGGAUGGUUUCUUCGGUUGCUACAGGGGCUUAUCAGCAAGAAUGCUUGGUCUUAUCGCCGCAAGUCAACUCACAUCGAAGGUAAUAGUAGCCGUCGGUAUUGAUCUACCUGAAAUCAAUGAUCCUCCCAACAUCGUCACCGAUGAUGAACCCAAAGUUGAAGAUUACAUCAAACUAGGACGCAGAGACAUGAUCAUGCAAACGGUAGCAGUCGUUAUUGCUCACCCGUUCCAUGUUGUGUCAGUUCGAAUGAUGGCCUCAUUUAUUGGGAAAGAAGAACACUACAGCUCGCUGUUGGGCGCUAUAGUCUCUAUUUACAAGGACGACGGUAUCCUUGGAUUCUUGCAUGGCCUUAUUCCUAAGGUGUUAGGAGAUUUAACUUGUUUGGCUGUAACUGGAGUUCUGGCUUACUAUGUUAACAAAUAUUUUGUUAAGACUAAAGAUCUUAGAUAUUACACGAUUCCAUUGCUUACAUUUAUAACAAGCACAAUAACAUAUCCAAUGGUUGUGGUAUCUACCUGUAUGGCAGUAGCUGGUUCUAGUUUAAAGGCUGGCAACCCUCCGGCAAUGCCAAACUACCCUUCAUGGCAAGUAUGCUGGAGGGAUUUAAUGAGAAACAAACAACACAAACGUGGUUCCUCCCUUAUAUUUAGGUACUACAUAGCUCCGAUUUCAGCAUUUCAGUAAACAUUAAUAGUUACAUUAUGCAUUUACAUGUUGGCGUUUAUUUGCUAAGUCUUGUUCCAUGAUCACCAAAGUAGUUGAUGUAAUAGAGGUGUAUGUAAUGUAAAUAAUUUAGUAUAAAUGAUGUUCCACAUGAAUAAUUUUAUUGUUAUGCUAGAUUAUUGUAAAGUCUGGUUAUAAUAAAUAUAUUUUGAUUGUCAAA